AUGUUUCUGUCGACAAUAUUUUUAUUAAGUUUUUUUGUUUCAGGUGUAUUUCUCUCCCUUUUAAUUUUUCUCUCAGUAGCUGGUAAUAUUUUGGUGUGCGUCGCCAUCUAUACAGACCGGGGCCUACGCCGAAUAGGAAACCUUUUUCUAGCCAGUCUGGCCAUCGCCGAUCUCUUUGUGGCCUGCCUGGUGAUGACAUUUGCAGGUGUCAAUGAUAUUUUAGGAUAUUGGAUUUUUGGUGCUCAAUUCUGUGACACUUGGGUGGCCUUCGACGUCAUGUGCUCAACAGCUAGUAUACUCAAUCUUUGCGCCAUAUCACUAGAUAGAUAUAUUCACAUAAAAGACCCCCUUAGGCCGUCCUUACAUGGAGCGACGCUCGAAGUAAUCGACUCGAUUCCAAUCGCGUAG